AUGGAAAAAAACAACCCCCAAAGUAAGAUUGGCCUAUCGAGCAAUGAAGGCGCUAAUGUGUGUAGAGGCAAAUCAAAAAGUAGACAAAUAAACCCCUUGAGGAAUCGUGGAGAAAGUAGCCGCGCUAAGGAAGUGAACGUGUCCUUCAGCAUGGUGGGUGAAGAGUGUGGAAAGAGGGAUCCCUCUGAAGGUGGCGCAAUGAAGCAAGAUAACGUUCAAUUCGGAAGAGGAAAAAGUGGGAGCAGUAACAGUGUCGGGGGGGUGAAUAAUUAUAAGUACAGAAAGAGUAGCGAACAAGGGAACGAUAGUCGUCGUCACCAGCGUGAGGAGGCAGAUAACCACAAUGAGCAUAAUCAGCCCAAUCGGAAGAAUCAGCCGAAUCAGCACACUCCCUUGAAUGGUGAUGAGGAGGAAGGGGAAAAGAUACCAAACGACGAACAGAUGAUGCGUGACGAGGAAGCCACGUACAAACACAACAGCGCGUCCGUAAGUUCUUACGAAAAUAACAAUAGGAAAACGCUUUACAGACACAACGUAUUGAAUGAGGAGCAAAAGAAUAUCGAGUGGCUUCUGACUAGACAGAAAAAUGUAGAGCAUCUUGAAUCGAUAAAUUUUAACGACAUGAUGAAGAACAACCUCUUUAGUUCCUUCCACAACAGGAACAGCCAUGAUGAUGGAGGGAAUGGAAUUGGAGGGAAUCGCAAUGGAGGGAAUGGAAAUGGAGUGAAUGCCAAUGGGCAUGGCAGUGGUGGUGACAUGAACAGAGGGAACAAACUUAGAAUGAGUAAGCGCGUCGGGAGGAACUACAACUCGAAAAAGAUUAACAGAACGCCCGACAACCUGGAGAUAAGCAACCUCGCAGAUAUGUUGUAUAAAAUUAAGAGGGAGGAGUACCGAGUGCAACCCGACGGGGAGGAGGAAGACUAUGAGAUGCCACUGGCCGGGAAGUACCACAGGUCGUACGAUGGCCCUUCUGAUGGGCGCUAUGAUGGGCGUUCUGAUAGGGCAUACGAUAGGCGGUACAAAACGUCGUUCGAGAGACCAUACGACACGUACUUCGAUCGGUACCCCAGUCGACGCGUGGACGGACCUCAGCUUAGGGGAUACGAUAAAAGCUACCAAAGUCACGUGGAUUUCCAAACGGAGUGCCAAAUGGGUCGUAAAAUCGACCGUCACUGGGACCGCCUUUUGGAUCGCGACGUCGACGAGCGAUGCGUGCAACGUUUCGAGAAGGACUACGACGAGCAGAUGCUCGGAGGCCCAGAAGAGACCUACCGAAACAGGCGAGCCAUGGAAGACUCCCGUGAGUACAGAGAGAGGAGGCAGGAUGCCCUGGCCACCUAUGAUGAUCGACGUUCACACAUGAUGCUCCACCAAGACAGCAGAAGAGCAGCAGACCUGUUUCUCCACAGAAGCGCCUUCAGAAGUGGCAGCGAGAGGCCAAAGGAAAAGCAGCACCAUCAGAAUAAACCGCUGAAUCAGCAGCACGUGUAUUCAAACAUAGCCGACAUAUGCAAAAGUUAUAUCAAAAAUAUUAAUAGCAUUAGCAAGGGCACAUAUAAGAGUCAAUGCAAGGCGGGUCUUUUUCGAUACCCAAGCGCAGAUGCAAAGCCCUAUGAUGAGCCAUACAGAAGUGGAGACCACUACAGUGGUGGGGACAGUUACAAGUCUGCCAUGAUUAAUAUGGCCAGAAGGGGAGGCCGAGCUGGAGGCACUGGGCCAAGAUUGAACGCGCCAAGUUGCACGGCCACAAAUGGCAAGGCGGUGAACAAUCACGAUUUGGCUAGCCACUCUUUUAGCAGCAGAAGGGUGAACAGCCGGGACAGGAGUAUUAUGGAGGGGAGCAACCGGGAAGGAAGCGGUAACCAGAUUGGCGGUAAUCAGAUUGUCGAUCACCAUGUGAAGGACCUCCAGCCCAGCGCCAUUCCCUCGAGUGGAAACCCGGCGAGUAAAAAACAUGAACCAGGUACCAAGCGGAAGCCCAUGCGCAGUGUCCACUUUGCUGACGUCGACCCCAAAGAGGGAAAGCCAAAGUGCAGCAGAAACGAUUAUCGAGCUAGUCAAAAUAACAUAAUGAAAAGAAACAAUUUGGAUCGAAGGAACAUCGACCCAUUGGUCUCGUCCUACAUAGAUGAAGGGGAAAAUAACCUGGAGCAGAAAAGGACGAAGAAGAAAAAUAAGCAUAGUAAUGCUAACAAGGUUGGUGAUGUCCAGAUGGGGAUAGUUAUCCCUGAGAGCUACGAUAGGAAAAGUGCCAAGGUGGCAGGAGGGGAUUCCUUCCUGGGAGCCAAAAGCGCAUCUCAUGAGAAGGCGCCCCUAUCCAGCCUUCCCAACGGUUCGAACAAUAACUCCAUCGCCAUUUCGAUCGGUAAUGAUACCAGCAAUGCCAAUGGUAGGAGUGUUGGAAAAGGCACUGGCAACCGCAGUAAUAGCCGCGGAAGCAACCGCGGAAGCAGUCGCAAAGGCAAUAGCAAUGGUAAUAACAGCGUGCCCAUCGGGCUGAGCGACAAAGCGGCUCCUCCACACCAUGCCGAACACGCAGGGGAAAAACAGAUUCCCAUGGAAAUCAUAAAAUACUGCAAGGAGAACAACCUUCUCCUGAAUAAAAACAAAAAAGAGCUGUUAAAGUACUACAGAGAUGCUUCUCAGGGUGAGGGGUUGCCCAGCGACUGCGCGAAGAAGGGGGUGAACCCGCAUAUGCUACUGGGGGAGGGGAGCAGCGCGAUGAGUGUGAACAACGCAAUUAGUGCAAACGACGGGAUAAGUGCAAACAACGCUUUGAAUGCGAGUACCCCUGUUGAAAAGCAGGGAAAGAGCAGUAACCUCUCCACUAAUCAUCCGGGUAGUAACCCAAUCAGGAGCGAAAACAAAACAACCGCAUGUGGUAGAAGUAAUAAGCAUCCAAAGAACAGUGAAAAUACGCUCCAAAGAAAUUGUCGACCCCAAGUAGCCAAGGAGGGCAGUAAGAUUCAGAAUACUAUACACCCGGUCGGCCGUAGUAAUAAUAGUAGUAGUGGUAACGAUAAGAGGGGCACUGGUGAUGCAUCAGCGGAGAGGAAAGAUUCGCCACAUCAGAGCUUCAUCUCUUUGACGAAUGAUGAGGGGGGUGUGGAGCCGAACUGUGGUAGUAAGGCUGUGGGCAUAAGCCAUAGUAAUGACGAUUUGGGGAUCAGCAGGAAGGGCAGUAAGAAGCACAGCGCAGGAGGUAGCGCAGCAGGUAGAGGAUCAAUUAGUGCGUCAGUUAGCGCGGCGAUGAAUGGUAGUUCUAUGAAUGGCGGCGCGGCGAAUUCCGCAAGUCUCCUCGAGGGAGCGGCUCCGAGCACUUUGAAGAAACCGUUCGGGGCGGAGAAGGCAUCUGAGAGGCUGAGAGGGCCUCACAGCGUCAACAUGAAUAGCGGCAACAUCCGUGGCGGAAACAUCCGUAGUGGCAAUCGCGCCGGCUGCAACCGCCAAGCGCUCGGCAUGCCGAUGAAGGAAGAGGAGCGCGUCAAGUUGAUGAACGACUACUACGAGGACAUGCUGAAGUGUUACCGGCAGUAUAGUCGAAGCGGCAUGGAUGACGCGAAGGCCUUCCACUUGUGCGACUACUGUGAGCAGAACAUUUUUAAUUUAAGUAACUUGCUAACGGCGAGUGAAGCCAAGGAUCACCUGUAUACAUGCAACAUAUCGUGCGGCAGGACGUUCCAUAUGAAAUGCGUGAGUCACGUCAAACCAAAGGGAAACAAUUUUAUAUGCUUCUUCUGCCUGUACGAUAUAAACUUUUGUUCCUUGUGCAAAGAGGUUACAACGAAUGAUGGACUCAUCCCCUGUUACUACCCACUCUGCAAUAUAUUUCUGCACACUCAGUGUGUAGAGAAGUUGCAGCUGAUGAGGACCGAUUGUUUGAAGCAGUACUACUAUUGUACACAUUUGGUUGCGCCCAAAUCGGGAGGUAAUGUCAACCAGGGGGAGGGAACCAAGGCCGAACCCCCAGGGGAAAGGAAAUGCAAGAAGAAACGAAAUUACUACCGAAGGAGAAAGCGGUAUGGAAAGAAAAAAUACGUCACGUUGAAUAAAAAAAUUGACAAGAAUCAGAAGAGUGAGAAGGGUCAGAAGGAUGAGAAUAAUGAGACGAAUCAGAAGAAUGAGAUGCGUGAGAAGCCAAGUGAACUUCACCAGGGAAACACAGCUGAUACUUGCAAAAAUGGAACAUGUGUGAAGAAAGUGCCCCUUGAUGGCAGUCACCAGAUGGACAACCCCGAUAAUAAGCGUACCGUCCUGAACACCCCAGAAGGAAAGAAGGAGCUAGCCAAAAUGGACGAACUGGCCCAAAAGGCUGCCGGACAUUUAAGACUUAGCAAGUACAUAUGCCCCUUACAUGUCUGCUACGUGUGCAAAGAAUUUUAUAUAGUCAAUUUGGAGAAAGUGAAGAAUAAAAAAAGCAAUUGUCUCUUCCGAUGUCUAAAGUGCCUCAAGUCAGUUCACCUCCAUUGCAUGAAAAACAGUUACAUUAUUUCAUUUAAGCAAAAGAUUAUGUUCUGCUCGGUUCACAUUGAGUACUACAAGAAGAAGCACAUGGAAAUGUUACUUAAUCGAUUUUGCCGAAUGACCAAUGGUGUGCAAGGGACAAUGAAGCCUCUACAACAUGUGAAGAAUGACAGCAUUAUUCCCUGCGUUAAAGGCGUCCUUACCGUUACGAAUCCGACUAGUAUUAUCGUGCCCACGACGGGUCAUAAACACAAAAGGGGAAGCAGCAGCAAUCGAGUAGUCAACAGAAGCGGCUCCCAUCCUUUGGCGCUGCCUCCCAAACCUAUGGAGCAAAAAGACAACGUUGCACGUGCCUCUAAGAGGCUUACAGCCCCCGCAGGAGAACCCACCAAGCUAGGGUUAUACCCGUUUGAAAAAAGAAACAAUACAAAUGUUCCCCUAUCUUGCGAGGACGGUGAGGCACAGAAUGUUGCCCAGCAGGGGAAGAUAAAACCGGGCAGCUCCCAAAACGGAGUUAUCAUCACUGAGAAUGUUAAGCAGAUUUUCGAAGGAGAAAAUAAUAGAAACAGCAUUGCGCAUAUUCCUGUCAGUAGUGUUGUUGUAUCCCCUAACUUGGGGCAGAAGAAGGAAAAGGAAAAAGUGAUGUUUGACCUAACCGACGAAGGUGGAAAAGAAGACAGCUUCUUCUUGACGAAUGAAUUUAAGGCGAGAUAUUCUUGUCCAGAGCAGGAGUCUAGCAAGUGUGUUGGCCAGGACAUCCCCCUAGUGGUGGCCUCCCCGAUGGGGGUGAACCCUCACAUGGAGGAGGAGCUUCCAACAAAUGCAAAUCGUGGUGAGGUCCCCCCCAACAGUGCGCAUAUUUCCCUGCCGCCAUACCACAGUUAUAAAGGCAAUUCCCAGGCGGCGAGCGAAAUUGUAGGCGCUGCGAACAGCAAAAAGGAGGAGACCCAUUUGGAGAGGAAAAACGGCACGGUCGGUGAGGAGGCAAAGGGACACGACGACAUAAAGGAAGACAAAAAUGGAGACAAAAAUGACGACCGAAAUGAAAACCCAAAUGACGAUGCAACUUUAAAAAAAAAAAAAAGAAAAGUUUCAAAUGUCAACGACAUCGAAAUAUUGAAAAAUUACAAUUUGGACAUAAACAUUUUGAGCGAUUUUACCAAGCGCAAUCCGGACUCCUGUACAAUGCAGAAAGCGAACACUUUGUCGAAGCGGAGCUGCGACGCUAGUGGCACUGCUGAUGGGGGGGCGCGCGUGCCAAGUGUCGUUGCCAAGGGGGAGAAGCGUCCCUUCGGCUCUAUCGGUGUGCAAGGCGGCGCGAAUCAAAUUUGCGGCAAACGGGUCAGUAUACCCAUCAAGGGGAGACAAUCAAAGGGGGAAAUCCUAGGUACGCGAAAUUUGAAAAACAUUAGUAGUUGCAAAAUGGAGCAGUUAUAUAAGAACCUGUUAUCUCCCAAGACGAUCUGCCACCUGUACACGAGGGAGCACUUCCAAAGCGAAGCGGAAUAUAAUUACUACAUCCUGAUCAAGGUCAGGACAAUUCUGCGCAUGGAGAGGUCGCUGUUGGCUUUAAACCAAAUGAACCCAAACAAGAUAAGUGAAGAAUGUGAAGAACACAUAAACAUUUUGUGCACCUUUCGGGAGGACUUUAUCAAUUUUGUCAUUUUUCUGUUUAAGAAGCGAGGCGGAGGUGACAUGCUCACAGAUGGGCUACAAAAUGGGGUACAAAGCAGACUACAAGGUGGGCCACAGAAUGGACUCCCAAAUGAAGCGCCCAGCGACUACAUAACCAGAGAGGAAAAACAGACCCAUAGGAAUGGAGCCGAACCAUUUACACCUCAGUUUGAAAGUAAAGACGAAGGGAAAACCUCCAGCUGUAGGAGAGAUGUCGUGAAGAUGGGCCAACGUAAUAAUGCCACCGCGAGUGGAGCCGAAGACAAAGUAGAAAAGUGCUCGUUGGAUGAGGAGGCAAAGAAGGACGCGCUUCGUGGAAAUACUAACCAGUAUCCGAGUUGGGAGAAGCAUGGAGAUGGGGAAGAACCAGGUGUGGUUGUGAUCGCCGCUAACGAAACCACCGCCGAUAAAGAACAGGCCAGGACCCCAGACGAGGAGGAAAAAACAAGAUGGGUCUCCAACGAUUUGCUGAACAUAUUGUACAAGGAGCUGAAAAAUGCAACCAGCAUUAUUGGGCCCACUGUGAAAGAAAGAACGCGUCAGGGAUUGCCGCUGGGGAAGAGUUUCCAUACGGUGGAGGAUAGCGUACAAGGGGUAGUAGACCUCAACAGAGUGACAACACUGUCUGCCGGUGAGAAUCGAAAUUUGUGCAUGAGCCAAAGCAGAUGUUUGAAUGCCCAGAUGAACGGGAAGGGGAACACUCCCAUUGGCAGUAAAGGAGGCACUACAGAGUGGAAAGAAGAAAUAGGUAAGGGAGGACCCCUUGGGGGGCGAAUGAACGUACGAAAUAGUACCGACGUGAAAUCAGCAGAAAUAUUGCUCACUGUGGAGGGUCAAUCAAACCAGGUGAACGAAAAUAAUGGAGAAAUAGAAGAGGACGUUGGAAAGGGAAAGAGAAAAAUGUUCAGAAACGGAAAAGUAGAUUUUUUACAGAUAACCCAAAAUGGCUCCAAAAUAGAUGUAAGCCUUUUAAAAAAGUACAGUUUUUACUUAAACUUUGAAUAUAUUUCCAAGAAUGUGUAUUUUAAUGACAAGAAUAAAAACCUGUUGUCGUGUAAAUCGGAUGACUACAGAUGCUUGUGCCAGGGAGAGUGCGACCCCUUCAGUUGCUACAAUUCGCUGAGCAAGAUUCAGUGCUCCAAGAACAGGUGCAACUUGCCAAUACAGAUUCAGGACAAGAAGUGCUUCAACCGGCCGUUCAGGCAGUCCGCGAUAAAGGAUCUCGAGAUAAGAAAAACGGAACGCACUGGAUACGGAGUGUUUUGCAAGCGGGACAUAAAAAAUGGAGAACUCAUAUGCGAGUACGUUGGGGAGGUCCUGGCAAAAAACGAAUUUGAGGAAAGAUUGGAAGCAUACCAGGAGGAAAGCAAAAAGACGGACAUGUACAACUGGUACGCAAUUCAGAUUAAUCGAGAUGUGCACAUUGAUAGCAAGAGGAAGGGCAACAUCUCCAGAUUCGUAAACCACUCGUGCUCGCCCAACAGCGUUUCGCAGAAGUGGAUCGUCCGCGGCUUCUAUCGGAUUGGCAUAUUUGCCCAGCAGGACAUUCCUGCCGGGGAGGAGAUAACGUACAACUACAGCUACAACUUCGUGUUCAAUAAUUUCGAGUGCCUGUGCAACUCAGCCAACUGCAUGAAUUACAACGUGAAGAAGAAGGAAGAGACAGACAACGAAAUAAACGAUAUUGAUGUAACGGAUAAUGAUAUAUUCAAUCCGAUGGAGAAUUUCAACAAUCUGCACAGGAAGAUGCAAGACUGGAUCGUCAGCCUUGACAGCGUAGAAACGAAAUCGUUAUAUAAGGAAAACAAGAUGAAUGCCAUUAAUUUAAGGCUAAUGGAAUCUUUCUCCACCUGGAUUUUUUAUGAUCUGAAUUUUGACAGAAAUCAGUUUUUCUCACUGAGGUCCAGACCCUUCAAUCCGAUGAGUGAAUUUUGGAAAAUCCUCGUUUCGUCCUUUUCCGAUGGCGAGAAGAAUAUCAUAAACGCCUUCAAUUUAUUCUUGCCUUCCCUGAUAAAGAUUGGCCAGCUGCGCAGGAUUCAGCAGUAUAGCUACAUCCUUCACAACAUCGUGGGCGCGGAGCACGAGAUGUGGAACCUCAUCGACAAGGGAUUUGCGGAUGACGAAGUGUGCAGAAAGUGUAAAAGCUGCGGCAACCUGACUAUGUGCGAUAAAUGCUUCAACAGCUACCACCAGAUCUGCGGAAAUAUACACUCGAAGGUUUACAAAAACAACGAACUAGUUUUGUGCAAAUUCUGUCAAAAGUAUGAUCACAAGAUAAAGUGGAUAAAGCAAAACUACAGAGAACAAAUGAAGUGUUCCAUUGAAAUUAGAAGCCGCGCCUUUUACAAACUGAAUCGCGAUAUCAUGACGCUGUUGGAACAGUCGGUAAAAUAUACGAAGGAUAUGUCCAUAUCGGCCAUCACCGAGCACAAUUCGAAGGAGUACAACAGCAAGAAGCUCCGCUGGAAGAAGUUCCAGUACAAGUACGUGAAGAUAUGA